AUGCUUCAACAGAGUAAUAUUGAAGUUAAAGCCAAGAAAGUCACAGUUUCACAGCCACAGCCGAUAAGAUACUCCACCAAGAACACUGUAUUUGAAGAUCCGAUACAAGGGAUCAUAUGUUACACCGAUGAUAAUGGAGAGGUUAUAUGUGAAGGAUACGAUGAAGGUCCUCGUUGUCCCCCAGAGAGUCCAAUGGUAGCUUCUUACUCAAGAGAGGUUGAGAUUCUUGAUCUUCUACAAAGAAGUUAUCUGGAGUUGAGAGAUGCAGAGAAGGAUGAUGGUCAACGACAGAAAAUUGCUUCGCAACAAGAGUUAAUGAUGAUCAAAUGGAGCAGCUUUGACUUCCUCUAA